UCGGUGUACGUAUUUGUCGUUGGAGAGCUACCUUUUCGGCAGCAGGUGAGGUCAAAUGCAGAGGAAAAGAACGGAAGAGCGUUGGUGACAGGUGAAGGAAAAUACUUUCGCUUUUAAGCUAAGAAGGGACAAAUGGAGGCGAACAAAACGGAGCUGUCCGAGAGCCUCGUAAUAUGGCUGCAGACCUUCAACACUCCUGCGCCCUGCAGAACGGUGGAGGAGCUGACCACUGGAGCAGCAAUAUCACAGGCACUGCAUCAAAUAGACCCGGCAUGGUUCUCUGACGGUUGGCUCGGCCGCAUCAAAACAGAUGUUCAUGACAACUGGAGACUGAAGAUGAACAACCUGAAGAAGAUCCUUCAGAUGGUGCUUGAUUAUUACAAUGAGGUCUUAGCCCAGGACAUGUCAGACUUCUGCUUGCCCGAUCUGGCCGUGGCGGCCGAGCAUUCCGACCCCGUGGAACUGGGGAGGCUGCUGCAGCUCGUACUGGGCUGUGCUGUCAGAUGUGAGCAUAAACAAGAAUACAUUCAGAUCAUCAUGACCUUGGAGGAGUCUGUGCAGCAUGUGGUCAUGACAGCCAUCCAGGAGCUCAUGAGUAAGGAGGUCGUGGUCCCGUUUGGAGCAGAACUGUCGGGGGAUUUGGAACAGCAGCUGAAAAAAGCCCUCGAGGAACUCACUGAACUUCUGGCAGAGAAGGAAGCGUUAGUCCAACGCUGUCAAGAGCUGGACAUCCAGGUGGCUGUUUUGCAAGAGGAACGGAACAGCUUAUUGGCUGAGAACGAUGUCCUAACGGACCGAGCCAAUCAGCUGGACACAUUCGACGACCCGAGCACCCCCUCGGGAAGAAAACGCAGCCAGCUGCAGCAACAGUUGGAGGCGGUGCAGGAGGAGAACUUCAGGCUGGAGGCCGCUAAGGAUGACUACCGGAUCCACUGUGAAGAGUUGGAGAAGCAGCUGAUCGAGGUGCAGCACCGUAAUGACGAGCUCACCAGCCUGGCAGAAGAGUCCCGAGCCCUCAAAGAUGAACUGGACGUUCUGAGGAACUGCUCAGAUCGGGUGGUGACGCUGGAGGCCUCGGUAGAUACAUACAAACGUAAACUGGAGAAUCUCGGUGAUCUGAAGAGGCAGAUGAAGCUGCUGGAGGAGAACAACAUGACCUACAUGCACAACACUGUCAGCUUGGAGGAAGAACUGCGCAAGGCCAACGCUGCCCGCACACAGCUGGAGACUUACAAGAGACAGGUCCAGGAACUGCACGUGAGGUUGUCUGAGGAGUCGCGGCGAGCGGACAACCUGGCCUACGAGAUGAAGAAGUUGGAGGAAAAGCACGAAACUGUGAUGAAGGAGAAAGAGAGGACCAUCAUCGAGAGAGAUUCUCUGAAGGAGAUCAAUGAGGAGCUGCGAUGCACUCAGGCUCAACAGCACCAGCUCUCCCAACCAGGGAUUCUUCCUGCUAGCAGCCCCAGCCAUGAGAACCUGGCAGCUGAAUUAAUACCCAUUGAGUACAGAGAGAAGUUCAUCAGGCUGCAGCAUGAGAACAAGAUGCUGAGAGUGCAGCAGGAGGAGUGUGAGAGGGAGAAGAUCGCUGCACUGCAGAGUCAGCUGGAGGAAGCACACAAGACACGCAGCGAACUGGACACGGAGAACAGAUUGAGUCGAGAGCGGAUCAGUGAGCUGCAGCAGCAGGUGGAGGACCUCCAGAAGGCUCUGCAGAGUCAGGCGGCCAAACCUGAUGAUUCAAACCUGAAGCGGAAACUCGAUGCGCACAUGGUGCAGCUGAACGAGGCUCAGGACGAAAUCAUGAAGAAGAAAGAGCUGCUGGAGGACCUUCAGCCUGACAACACUCAGACCUCCUUGAAGCUGGAUGAGCUGAACGCCGCUCUGAAGAAGAAGGACGAUGACAUGAGGGCCAUGGAAGAGAGGUACAAAAUGUACCUGGAGAAAGCUCGCAAUGUUAUCAGAGCGCUGGAUCCUAAACUGAACCCAGCCACCGCUGAGAUCCAGGCUCUGAGGAGCCAGGUAGCAGAUCGGGACAAGCAGAUUCUCAACCUGGAGCGUCAAUGUGAGCAGGCCAAGCUGAGAGAGUAUGAGGAGAAGCUGGUCGUCACUGCGUGGUACAACAAGAGUCUGAACUUCCAGAAGCUGGCGAUCGAGUCCCGCCUCGGCGGCUGCACCUCCUCCGUGCUGUCCCCCGGCCAGUCCUUCCUGUCCCAGCAGCGGCAAGUCUCAAACACCCCGCGCCAGGCGCUUUCCAGCACCGUGCCUGCCGCUACCUCCAACUAGACCUCGUCAAAGAGUCCCACGUCUCACCUUUUAUUCAGUCGGGGGACGAUUACUCUCCCUCACUCCCUCCCACCGGCGAGCACUACAAGUGACCUUAAACACACCUGCUCUCGCAGCUCGGGGAGGGGUCACGGAUCAGCUGAUCAAUGAGCUGAUCGAACACGACCUUAUUGGUCACAAACCCGAGACUACAGCACACUGUCCCACACGACACGGGCUACAGGCGGCCCUCUCACAGGACAGGAACUAACCACCUGUGUUUAAAUACACUGUCCCAACCCGUAGACUUGGAGCUUAUUUCCCUUCUGCCCUGUGUGUUUGCUUUGCAGCUCAGCUGAAUACUUUGCAAUCAAUAUAGCCUUCAGUCUCUUCUAUCCUUUCAUGAUGAAUGAGAGGAAUGUUAACGAAUGCUUCACUAUUUUAUUCUGAAUUGUAGCCCGUAAUAUACAUAUAUCUGUAUAUCUGUGUAUCUGUAUCAUAUAUAGAUAUAUGAAUGUGACUUUUAAAAACUUGAAUUCUAAAGCCAACUAACUUCAGAUGAUUGUUGAUUUAUGGAAAAGUAAACCAUCACACUAUGCAGUUAAGGGAGCACCGGUGUAGUCAUCCUGCAGGCUGACGAAAAGACAAACGUGCUUCAGAUGUCUCUGAGAGAGUGAUCGUUGUAUUUGGUGCUGGCCGCCAACUGCUUUAAAGCAUCAGUCACAUAUUCUUGUUUUGUUUUUUUACUAAAAUGGAACACGCUCAUUAUGUAAAGCUUUGAAAAUCAAAUAAAUCACAUUAGAGUAAUAUUUCACCCCCAACACGACCAUUUGCAUGUCAAUUACUCCCCGUUUGUUACUUUAAACUCUUAAAGAAAACGUUUUUCUCUCAUGCCUCCACGGUAAACAGGAUCAGAACACUGAGUAAAGUCGUGAUGAAUUGAAGGAAAUGGAUGUCGCGUUUAACAACAACAAAACUUUAUCAAAGCAUCUGAACUCUCACACAACUCCUGCUGUAUAAGACUCAUUUAUCAAGUCGUACGCUCACUUAUUCCCAAACGCACGCGUCUUCAUUUAAAUCACUCUCUCACUCUCUUGUGGAGGGCCACUACCUGACGUGUUUCAAACAGUACGAAAUCCAGGCCUUCUGUAUCGACAUCGUGUAUCUUCUAUAUUCCUAAAGUGUGAUUUGACUUCCUGACUGGCAGCAUUGCUCUAAAUGGAAACUGGCGGGCCUUAUUUAUUCUCUGUCUUGAAUCUUAUUUAGCGGUGAGAAAUCAAAUCUGUGAAGUUGUGCAGCUGUAAUGUGAACAUGAUUUUAACACCAGCUUCUGACUGCAAAUUGUAACUGAAUUUCAAUGCUGAUCUUGUAUUUAAUCGUGGAUGUUUUCAGGCUACUUUGGUGGAAGUUGAGAGUGAAGAGCUCUGUUGUAGAAGCAGGCGUUUACUUUGAUGUGGGUAAUUAAGUCUUAAGUUAAAAAUGAGACGGGUCUUGAUUACCUCGUUACUCUGUACGUUUGCAAUAACACUGAAGAGGAAUUCCGUUGUGGCAGUUUUGUGAUCUAUAAACGUGUGUCAAAGCGCUUUUCUUUUCCUUUGCAGUGGAUGAUUCUUGUAGAUUGCCGAUUCAAACGUUCAUUUGUAUGAAAAUAAGAAGUUCAAUCAAACGUAGCGCAGCAUAGAGACGACGUGUUUGUGUGUAAAUGAAGAAAAGUGAGGAAGGCAUUAUGAAUUCAACAUUUAUAGCCUUUGGUUUUCUUGUGAAUAAAUCAAAUAAAUUCUU